AUGUCAUUAGUACAAGAAAGAGAGAGGCGCCCCAAUGCCGGUAGUCGUAUGCGCGCUUUGUUGGACCAGGAGGUCGACAUGGAAGAGUUGUUUGAAUACAGAGACAGUGAUGAAGAAGAUGAAGAGUUUUCUACUAAGGCCGUUGAAGAAGAGGAGGAGGAUAAAGUGGAUUCUGAUUUUGAUCUGGAUUCAUCAGAAGGCGAGCAAGAGCACAUUGAGGAAGGAGAAGCCAUGGACAAGGAGCUUGACAAGGCAGAAAAGAAGGCACGAAGAGCAGCGACAUUCAAUCCACCUCCAUCCGCUGCUGCGAAACCCAAGAAACCAGCAGCCACACAUCCUGAGAAGAAAUCAAGCGAGAAUAAGAAAAGAAGAGCGAGAAGUACAACCGUGGAUCAAGACGAAAGAGGUGGAGAACGUAGCACUCGAUUCUCAUCCAGAAAAAACACAGUGCUCAAUCGUCUGCUUGUGGAAGAUCAAUUAAGAGAACAUGAGAAAAGAAGAGCAUUACUGCCUAAACGAGAUCGACCAGUGAUCAACAAGUUGACACAAGAAGAAUUAUUGGCAGAGGCGGCCAUUACUGAAGAGAUCAAUAGAGAUUCGUUGCUCGAAUGGCAGCAAAUGGAGGCUGAACGAAAGGCCAAUGCCAAAAAGAAAGACAAGCGAGGCAUUUUUGGACAGUUUGUGAGAUACCAUUCAUUUGCUGAGAAUGAUGGGCCCACGAUGCAUAACAGUAACGAGGAUGACAAAAAAGAGGAAAACAAUGAGGCUGCACCUACCACAGAUAUUAGUAAUGCAGCAGCAACCGAAAGCAACAUGGAUACCGACACGACUAUGACUGAUGCGAAUGGACCUGAUUGGCAGAUAAGCAACAACGCUGAUCUGAUGGGAAGAAACCUAGUUUCGUUUAUGGAUAACUCCAUAUUGAUGGACGCACAACAAGCACAAGAAUAUCAACUGUAUGGCAAGCGUGGUGGUACGGAUGCGGAUAAAGAUUUGGAAAAUGCAGAUUUGAUAGACCAAUUGAGUGAUUGGCUUGUUCGACCAUCUAAACCAAACAGACCUGUGAUUUGUCCGAUUACCGGUGAAGUGGCAAAGUACAAAGACCCCUCCACCGGCAUUCCCUAUGCGAACAUUACUGCGUAUCAAGUCAUUCGCGCUUGCUUGCAUCACGACAUGAGGUGGGCUUCUACAUCAGGCAUCUAUCUAGGUUAUAUACCAAGUGCCAAAGGCGUUCCUGAAGGAUGGGAUGCUGCCAUCUGA